ACUUUAGUGUGUAUUUGGGAUGAGGGCAAAUCAAUCCCCAGUUUGGAUUCGGAUUUAACCUGAAACCCAUCUCUGCUCUCUCCUCGAUGGGGUUUGCGUUCAAACCCUAACCCAAGUUUUUUUUUUCUUUUUUUUUGAGAUUUGGAAGUAGAAGGUGCUUGAAGAAAAACCCAGAAAAUUAUUUGAUGAAAAACUUCGGUGUGGUUGAUUUGAACGUCAAACCCUUCCAUUUACAUCAGGAAAUGACAUUCUUGAAGCAUCUUUAUGGUGACUUGAAGGCCCACCUUUUAGUGUUGUCGUUGUACAGCUCUAAAGUAUUUUCAGAAAACUUCAGCUACACAGCUUGCAGACAGUUAUCUCAAAUGUUUUUGGCGAUACUUUUCUUUCACAGUUCUGAAUAUGUCAUUGCAGUCAACAUUCAUGGAAGGUCGAAUGUAACUCUCAAGUCUCUUUUGAUCAGUAAAGCUUAUUUGCUGGCAAUGGUUUGUUCACUGCUGGAGUACUUUGCUGAAAUUGUUUUAUUUCCCGGGUUAAAGGAAAUUUGGUGGAUAAGCAACUCAGGCCUUGCAAUGGUUGUAAUUGGGGAAAUCAUAAGGAAAACAGCAAUUUUAACAGCUGGGCGGUCCUUCACUCAUCUUAUCAAGGUUUAUCAUGAAGAGGAUCACAAAUUGGUAACUCAUGGAAUCUAUAGAUAUAUACGUCACCCAGGAUAUUCUGGUUUUCUCAUAUGGUCUGUUGGCACUCAGAUAAUGCUCUGUAAUCCCAUCUCCACAAUUGCAUUUGCAAUUAUCGUCUGGCACUUCUUUUAUAAACGAAUACCAUAUGAGGAGUUUUUCCUGAGGCAGUUUUUUGGGUCAGAGUACGAGGAAUAUGCACAACUGGUGCCUUCUGGGGUGCCGUUUGUGAAGUGAAGGGAGAAGAGUGCAUGAGGAAUGCUGCAGUGAGCAACUAUCAGAAUGAUCCAAGAAGAUGAUAGUUGGAUAAUGAUGUGGUCUUCCUGACUUGCAAAUUUUGUUCUUUGCUGAACUGACAUGCCCUUAGGUGGUGUUUUGUAUAUUUGACUUAAUUCUACAUAGAACUUAAAACUAAAUAGUCCUUGUGUUAAGUAUUAAGUUUGUUUUUUUAA